CACGCUGCAUAAGGCAGCAGAGAUCAUGUUCGUAUAUAAUUAUUUAAUUCGUUUAUAAUAUAACCCAUAUCAGUGCAAUAAAUAAAUAUUUUUUGUCACAAAAAGUGCGACACCAUUAGAGCUAACACCUACGCCAAAAAGGUGUACUGUAUAAACUAGCUAAAUGCUUAGUUAUUUUCAGCUUUACAUCUCUGAUUGUGUGUGGGUGUGUGUGCCUCUCUAUGCAUGUGCGUAUUGAGCGUGUGUGUUCGUGUGUUGAGCUUGAUUAACAAAAAUAGUUGUGUUCGUAGUGGUGUAUAAGUGCAGCAGUAUCAAUUAAGUUUAAUUAACUCACAAAUUGGAUGUGAAAAGGCUGCCGCCAGAGUGCAUUUAUUUAGAGUCAAACAAAAGAAGUCUCAGUAAAAGAGUGUGACGAAAUGCCACCACUGAAAAGCUAUUCAAUACACCAUGAAUUCAAUGCAAAUGCAAAUUGUCACAACGGCAAUGACAACACCACCGAUAACGAUAACGAUUACUUCAAUCAACCUGCAGCCGCCGCCGCUGCUGCGACAAGCACACAACGCACAAAUCUGCCCUCGUAUUGCAAUGCCCAAUAUCCAUUUAAGGUGCUGGCCAACCUGAAUCAACUGCGGGAACAAUCGCGCUUCUGCGACAUCGAAAUUGUCGCAGGCGAGUCAACAUUCAAUGCACAUCGCGCUAUAUUGAGUGCAGCUAGCGCCUAUUUUGAAGCCAUGUUCAGGCCCGAGUUGGGUCUCAAUGAAGUUAAACAGAAGUCUGUAGUCUUGCAUACGAUUGAUGGCGAUAUAUUUCUCAUAUUGUUGGAUUUUAUCUACACAGGACGCUGCGAGAUUACGCAGACUAAUGUGCAGGAACUUCUGGCAGCAGCGGAUAUGCUGCAGCUAAAUGAGGUAGUCGAUGGCUGCUGUGAAUUUCUAUGUCGCGAGCUGCAUGCAACAAAUGCUUUGGGUAUUUUACGCUUCGCGGAAGCACACAAUUGCGAGUCACUUGCAAAGAGUGCAAUGAACUUCGUGCAAGCUAACUUUCCAGCGAUAACGCUAGAAGAUGAGUUUCUGGAAACACCGCAAAAUUUAUUGUCUCAGCUCCUUAACUCCGAAUUGCUACGUGUUGAUUCUGAAUCACAAGUUUUCCAGGCGGCCCUGCGCUGGAUUAAGCAUGACGUGACGCAGCGUCGAUGCUACGUCUUCGAUAUACUCUCUCAUGUUCGCAUGGCCCUCGUUCCAGUUAAAGUCAUCGAUAAGGCACUAAAAGAUGAUUGUCGCGACAUGUCGGUGAAAGUAGCGUUGCGUUCCAUCUGCCGGGACAUUGCCUCCAAACGUGGUCAGCUUGUGCCUUUGCGGGUCUGCCCACGUCAGCUCGCCAAGAAGAACAUUUAUAUUAUCGGAGGUUCGCAUCGCGACACGCCUCGCACAUGGAAUUCCACAGACUGCACAUUCGAAACGGUGGCCAAGUUUGAUAUAUUCAGACGCGAAUGGUCUGAGACAGCACCCAUGGAAGUGGGACGUAUUCUACCAGGAGUUUCGGCACUGAACGGUAAAAUCUAUGUGGUCGGAGGUGAGCGUGGUUCCCAAAUUCUGGCCAACGGAGAGGUGUACGAUCCACAAAACGACAUUUGGCAGCCUAUUGCACCGAUGAUUGUGCCCAGAUGCGAGUUCGGAUUGUGCGCUAUGGGUGGAAACCUUUUUGCCGUUGGUGGUUGGUUUGGGGAUGAUAUUGGCGGUACCAUGGAAUGUUACGAUCCAGAGAAAGAUCUGUGGAAACUUAUUGGCAGUAUGCCACAGCCGCGUUUCAGCAUGGGUGUGGUAAGCUUCGAGGGACUUAUCUACAUAGUUGGUGGUUGCACCACAACAACUCGACAUUUACCAGACUUGAUUAGUUACAAUCCUGUUACCAAAGAGUGGACGCAAUUGGCGCGUAUGCAGACGGCACGUUGCCAAAUGGGCGUUGCUGUGCUGGAUCGAUAUUUAUAUGUGGUGGGUGGCAGCAGCAUUAGUCAGGAUAUACUCAGUUCCGUUGAACGUUACAACUUUGACGAUGACAAGUGGUCAACCGUCUGUGCUCUCAACGUUCCACGUGCAAUCCCCGCUGUUGCCGCUGCCGACGGCUUACUCUAUGUGGCUGGAGGGGAUCAGCCCUGCGAGGUAAACUUCUACAGGGCCCAAGUAACCAUUAGUGCUGUCGAGUGUUAUGAUCCCCUUUCGGAUACUUGGAAGAACUGUCCAGACUUGCCGGUCAGCCGAUCAGAGGCAGGCGCUGUAGUCGUCUAGGACGAUAAACGACCAAUGGCCAAUCGACUAUUGUCCUUCUGCCUGAAAUCCGACAACUUCUCACGUCCUAUAAACUUGUUUUAAGCACUCUCUUUAUACUACACAACAUCAACAACUCCUUACACAAUUUAUAUUAUGUGGAUUGCAUUGUAUAUGUUAGACACUCUCACUCUAUCCCAAAACUAUCAAAGUUGAUCGUAGUGCUCUCCAAACCAAAGCUAGAUGCUUUAUUACGGUUAACGUUUUCAAAAUGUAGCUCAGCUAUUCAUCCCAGUUUAGUAUUAUCUAGUAGUUAGUCAGGAAUGUAACAACAAUAACAGCAACAGCCGGGCUCUAAUUGUUUUUUAGUUCAAGUUGCCUAUAAAUAUCGAAUAAAUCAAAAUGAAUAAUAGAAAAGAAUAAAA